AUGGUAGAAAUUAACGAAAUUGAGUUUAUUGAAGAUACGGAAUAUUUCAAAUUUCAACAUGGAGCUUGUUUUUGUAUGGUAGAAGAGGAAAAAAAACGAAAGAAGGAAUUUUCCAAUGUUGAAAAAAAUAUUCCAAGCAGUAAUUUUAUAAUAAGUAAUACAAAACAGAAGGGUCUUUAUUUCUUUAACCAGCAUUUAAAUAUUUUCUCUUUGUCUGACUUUUUAUACAAAAUUGAUAAUGAAAAUAAUAACGACAGCAAUGACAAAAUAAAUAUUAAAACCAAGCCCUUUGAGGAAAAUAUUCUUUUAAUUGAAAACAAUAAAACAGAUGCUUUAGCCUUUUUGUAUACAGAUCGACAAAAUUUUUAUGUUUUUGAUUAUGACAGCGACAAUGUGAAGCUGCAUUGCACUCUGGGUAUACAAGUUAGGAGUUUCAAACACAUAGACGACCUACUUUUCCUAGUUCUUAGCGACAACGAACGAGUGUACCUGCUGAAGGACAAGCAGUUGUAUGAAUGCCAAGAAUGGACCACACCAGUUAACAAUAUUGAUGAGAAGAACGGAGUUUUUCUUUUGACAUAUUCAAAUAAAGAAGUAUUCAUUUUAAAGGAUGAAAAAAAAAGCAACACUUAUGACCUAAGUAACAUUAGCAAAGAAAUAGAUGUCCCGUACCAAAGCUGUAAUAUAACAUGUGCAAAAAUUUUAGAAACAACAAAAAAAAAGAGAAAAUUGUUUUUAGUAGUGUUAUACAAUGAUUCAGAUGAGCUAACAGCUGUUACAUAUGAUGUGCAAAUAGAACACGAUAAAAUAAAAAGAGUUAACUACUCAAUUAAUGAUUAUUUUUUUCAAAAUUUUGACAAAAACACAUUUGUUAAAUGUACAUACAUAAGUGAAUGGAAAACUGUGAUAAGUAUUUCAUCUGAAUCAUGUGAAGCCGUAAUUCAUACACAUAACCAUAAUAUGAUUGGAGAACCAAAAGAUGAAGAGGAAAAUGCAAAUAUGCAAAAAUCAUCAGAUGGGGAAAAUAAUGAAGACCUUAAAAUUCUGUGUAUAAAGGAGGGAUAUAAAAUGAACACACGUGAAUCAGAAACCUUUUUUUUGUCACUUUUUAUGUAUUCCAAAUAUCAAGAUAAAAUAUAUCGAAAGAGUAAAUUAGGAAAUGUCCCUUUUUUGAAAAAUCCUAGUGUUUUUUUCGUCUUACAAGAUAAUCAAAAAAUUGUAGUUGAAUAUUUAGAUAAGUAUAAGUUAGUGGACAAUACUGAUUUUUCUAUCAAUGUUAAUAAUAAAGAGACGAAUGAAUGUGAAAUGAAAGAAGUGACUAUUCUUCCACCAUUGAAACAUGACAUUAUCGAAUUGUAUGAACCAGUAUCAUUCAAUAUAUUCAAAAUUUUCAAAGUCAAGGAAAUUAUUUCAUAUGAAAAAAUGAGUCAAGUAAAAGGUGACGAACCAGUAUUUCCUGCAACAAUAAAGCAAAGCUUCUUCGAUAUCUUUCAAAGUAAAAUAAAAUCAACUGAGGAAAAGGUGAUAGAAGAAGACAAUAAAGAAUUUCAUUUUAUGAAAGAACACUUCGAGGAGGGGUAUGCUAUCGGCACGAUUAAACAGAAAAAAAAUUGUACUACUGAAGAGAACGAGGUUGGUCAAGUAUAUCAAGCAAAACAAGUCCCCACCCAACAGGAGAAAUAUGAUAAAAACCAAAUUUUGGAGAAACGUCAACAAUUAUAUAAAAGUGUUCGAAAAAGUAAAAAAAUAUAUGAAGAUGAAAAUUUUAUUGUUAACGAAUUAUCAGAAGGAUUUAAUAAAUUAAUAAAAAGUGGAAUUUAUUUUUGUGAAGAUUUUUUGAAUCACUUGAAUGUGUAUUCUAUAGAAAAACGAAAAAUAUCAAAUGUUGGUUCUAGAAAAAAGGAAUGUUAUUAUGAUAAAAAAUGUGACACAGUUGUUUUUUUACGAGAUAGUGUAAUUGGGCAAGAAGUAGAGGAAGAAAAACCAGAAGAUGAUAACAAUGAAGAAAAGAAAAAAAAAAAAAAAUUACAAAAAACAAAGAAAAGCGAAUUUCAUGAUUACUUCCACUGUGAAGAUUUCAAUUUUUAUAAGCAUAAAAAAUUAUCUGAUAUUCAAUGUGAAAAAAUUAUCAGCAAAAUAGAGCGAAAACAGCAUUUUCUGUAUGACUUAAAAAGGAUCUUCAUAAAUGAGGACCGUUCGAAGGGAGAUGAAACAGAGGAAGAAGAUGAAAAAAAAAAAAAAAAAAAAAAAACGGUAAAAAGUUUUCAAAACGAGAAACCAGUUUUCAACGAACAGUUAAACGGAAUAGAUAAAACAGUUUUUAAUCAAAAUGAAAAAACGAAUGAAUUAUUCAGCAGAGCAAUCCAAGUUCGUUGGUCAAAUGAAGAAAGAAAGAAAUUUUAUGAAAAUUUAGAUUUAUACUUUUCCAAAAGGAAAUUACUGAAAGUAAAUAAUGAAAUUUUUAAUAUUUUACGAACAAAUGAUCACACCAGUAUAAAUUUACUUGAAACUGUCCUUUAUAACAUUUCUAAGUAUAGUGAAUUGAAACAUUGUGAAGCGCUCAUAUAUUUUAUUUUAAAAAAUAUCCAAAUAAAAUUAUUUUCUAGCUCGCUUUUUCUACUCGAAAUGUACUUUUUCAAUCUCCUAGAACCGUAUCUCACGAGGAACGAAUUAAGCAAUUUGCAAAUAUAUGAUCAAAAGAACAUGUUAAAGGAAAAAUUUUCAUUAAGAGGACAUAUAAGAAAUCGAGAGAAUUGUAAUAACAAUACUUUGAAUGUUAAUUUGAAUUAUAAUGACAAGGAGUGUAAUUUAGACAGUGAAUACAGCACAGAUAAUUAUUCGGAAGAUGACCUAUUGAAGAAAAUAAAAAAUGAAAAAAAUUCCAAAAAAAAAAAUGAAUACCUUUCAAAAAUGAUACCCUUGUUCAAUGAAAGGACGAACAAAGAAAGCGAAUUGAUUGAGUUUCAUUUGAUGCACGCAGGUGUUGAUUUUUUGAAUAACAGGUUGUGUCACACAUUUUCACAAAAGCUGUUUCCAAUUCUUAUAGACAAUAAUUUGAAUCAAAUAGACACUGAGUUGAGUAUGAUAAAAAGUUAUAUCUCCCACGCCAUUUUGGGUGAAGAGACAUUCAAUCUGAUCUAG